GUACGGUUGGCAUGUGUGGAGAGCCUGUUGUUAGCUUAGCCGAUAAUACGUUGAUUUUUAUGCAGGCUUUUUGUUGAAAAAAAUAUUUUGAGACGUAAAGAAAGUAUUUCGACCUGUGACGUUUGUAGCCCAGCGAAAUGGACGUUGGAGAGCUCCUGAGCUAUCAGCCUGAUAGAGGAGCAAAGCGUCCUAGAGAGGAGAAUGGAGCGGCAGCAGGUGUAGAGGAGGACUUGAAAGGAGCAAAGCAGCAGAAGGGGUUGGGUGUCAGGGAACUCGCCAGACAGCGUGAAGCAGCAGGAGUCGAUGAAGAUGAAGGUGAUGUGAGAGAUGCUGAGGAGCUCACAGGCAACAGGAAUAAGAUCCUGGAAAAACUGAUGGAUCACGAUGAAGAAGAACCUGAGGCUGAGCCAGUGGAUGAGAGUUCAGUGAAGAAAAUGAUCCUGACCUUUGAGAAAAGGUCUUACAAAAACCAGGAAUUGAGGAUUAAGUUUCCAGACAAUCCAGAAAAGUUCAUGGAGUCGGAGUUGGAUCUCAAUGACAUUAUUCAAGAAAUGCAUGUUGUUGCCACAAUGCCAGACCUCUACCACCUUCUGGUGGAGCUUAAUGCCAUCCACUCUUUGCUUGGCCUCCUCAGUCAUGAAAAUACUGAUAUUUCCAUAGGAGUGGUGGACCUGCUGCAGGAGCUGACUGAUAUCGACACACUCCACGAGAGUGAGGAGGGUGCUGAGGUACUCAUCGAUUCACUGUUGGAAGGACAGGUGGUGGCUUUGUUGGUCCAGAAUAUGGAGCGACUGGAUGAACAGGUGAAAGAAGAGGCUGAUGGCAUCUAUAACACACUGGCCAUCAUAGAAAACAUGGCAGAAUUCAGACCCGGUCUGUGCACUGAGGCCGCUCAGCAGGGGCUGAUACAGUGGCUCCUCAAGAGAAUCAAGGCCAAGAUGCCGUUUGACGCGAAUAAGCUGUACUGCAGUGAAAUUCUGGCCAUCUUGCUACAAAACAAUGACAAUACUAGAGAACUAUUGGGAGAGAUGGAAGGCAUUGAUGUGUUACUGCAGCAACUAUCUGUGUUUAAACGUCACAACCCGGCCACCGCUGAGGAGCAGGAGAUGAUGGAAAACCUUUUUGACGCACUCUGUUCCUGCCUCAUGUUGCCAGCCAAUCGGGACCGCUUCCUCAAAGGGGAAGGGCUUCAGCUGAUGAACCUCAUGCUCAGAGAAAAGAAAAUGUCCCGAGCCAGUGCUCUGAAAGUCCUGGACCAUGGGAUGAUUGGACCAGAGGGGUCAGAUAACUGCCAUAAGUUUGUGGACAUCCUGGGCUUGCGAACAAUCUUUCCACUCUUCAUGAAAACACCCAAGAAAAUGAAGAAAACUGGUGCAUCAGAGAAGGAUCAUGAAGAGCACGUCUGCUCCAUCAUCGCGUCCAUGUUGAGAAAUCUCAAGUCCCAACAGAGAACCCGACUCCUCAACAAGUUCACAGAGAACGACUGUGAGAAGGUUGAUCGCCUGAUGGAGUUGCAUUUUAAGUACCUGGAGGCUGUUCAACAGGCUGACAAGCGGAUCGAAGGAGAAAAACACGAAAUGGUUCGUCGUGGAGAGAUCCUUGAUGACAACAUGGAAGAUGAGUUCUACCUACGUCGCCUGGACGCCGGCCUAUUUGUCCUGCAGUUGAUCUGCUACAUUAUGGUGGAAAUCAGCAACUCAGGGAUAUCACAGUUGCAGCAAAGGGUCCAUCAAAUUCUCAACCUAAGAGGAGGUUCUGUCAAAGUUGUACGUCACAUCAUGAGAGAGUACGCUGAGAGCAUCGGGGACGGAAAAAGUGACGAGUUCAAACAGGCUGAGCAGAAGAGAAUUAUGGACCUUGCAGAAAACUUCUAAUCUCUGCCACAUCCACACGCGGAAAACAUAAAAACCUGCUGCAAAA